UGUUGGUUCUGGCAACGCUGUGUCAUCUGUGGAUUGAUUCGGUUUUUUUGUUUUUAUUUAUUUUUGGCAUGGACUCGGCGGAAUCUCCCACCAAAACGCAGGCCGGCGAGGACGAGAACUACAGCCUGCUCUGCCAGGCGCACGAGCAGUUCAACAACUCGGAGUUCGAUCGCUGCCUGGAACUUCUGCAGGAGUUGGAGACGCGCGGCGAGAGCAGUGGUCCCGUCCUGCGGCACAACCGGGCGGUGGUCAGCUACUACAAAACCGGGUGCACCCAACACUCCGUCCUGCUGAAAGAGCUGGAGUCUCUAACCGCCGAUGCAGAUGCUCCCGGAGAGGCGUCCGGUGGCCUGAGCCUUAAGCAGGGAGCUGCCGCCGCCACUGUCGCCCGUUACAACCGUGCAGUCAUCUACUAUCACCGCCAUAUGUUCGGCACGGCGCUGGAGAGACUAGCACCUCUGGUGGCUCGUCUGGAGGCCCUGGAAAAGGCAAUGGCGGCGCUGGUUGCCACACUACAGCUUCAGCUGCUGCUGGCCACCAAUCAAUUAAACCGAGCCGAGGCCUUUCUGGAUUACUUGCAGUACAAGCUUAACCUGGUUGCCACAGCGCCUAGCAGCAAUUCGGCCGAAGAGGCGGCCGUUGUCGGCUCAGCACCCGCCACGGCGACCACGAACAGUUCUGUGGUGGCCACACCAGGAGGAGCAGCUGUGGAGGGAGCUGUACCCGGUCUGGGCGGUAGCUUGCAGCUCUUGCAGCUCAUAACGCUCGUGCUCAACCGAAAACCGGUGGUUAUUCAGGAAGACGGCACGCCGGAGUACGCCGCUCUGAAGGCGCAGCAGUACUACAUCAUGAAGGAUUUUCAGAUGGCCGCCAAGCAGCUAAUGCGAAUCAAUAACGAGUGUACGCAAGCGGGCACUGUAACGCCGCAGCUAAGCACGUGUAUUGCCAACAACAUGGGAGUGAUACACUUAAGAGUGCGCCACUAUGCCAUCGCCGCCAAGUUCUUCCAAAAUGCGCUCAAUUUUGACCAGCAGCUGGCGCGAAACUUGCGCCAGAGCACGCUACAAACCAUGAGUUCGGCUCGGUCCUGCGAGAUCCUUUACAACCUCGGCGUGGCCAUGCUGCACCUGCGUCGCCCCAAGGAGGCGUUUCAGUGCUUUCUGGUUCCCAUAAAGCAAUUCCACAGCAAUCCACGUCUUUGGCUGCGCAUGGCUGAGGCCUGCAUCAUGGAACACGAGGCGAAACUAGUAGAGGAGGAACGCCAGUCGCAGUCAGAAACCACACCUUCAACAAAGCCAUACGCUCCUCAAUCGGCGGGAGUGCCAGAACCCACGCUGGAAUUCGCUGCCUUGUGUUUACGUAGCGCACUGACCCUUACGCAACACUACAAGACGAGGUUCCAUAUGGCAGCGGUCUCGUCGGAAGAUGUGGAAGCUCCAGAACCCAAGGACCCAACUCAGGAGAGUUGGCGUCAUCCCCAAGACAAUAACUUCUGCAAUCCCUCGAAGCCAGUCAGCCUAGAGUCGUUGGAAAACAUGUUGGCCGCCAUAUAUGCUGCUCACAGCUUUGUCUCGCUGCGCCUGGCCGAUCAUGUGACCGCGCUCGAGAUGUCGGAAAAGUUGCUGGCCUGUGAACGUCUUUCCGAUGCACACAAAUUGCUGGGUCAUAUGUACGCUGGCGAGGCGCUGAUGCUUAUGGACAAAGCUGGCGAGGCACGCGACCAUUUGGACCCUACUUUUGUGGGCACACUGAACGCUUUCGAUUUUGAGACGCGUGACUGGCAACUUAAGUCGGUGGACGCCGCUCAGAACGUUGUGCGAUAUAAUCUGGCUGUUGCCAUGGCCCUACAGAACGACCUGCCUCAAGCUAAAGCACUCCUGGCCAAUUUAACCCAUUCGUUGGUGGCCAGCAAGGCGUUGGCUUUGCGACGCUUUAUAGACCUCAAGAUGGGCCCCGUUCCUGGCGGGACGCCAAGUUAGACAAUUAAUUGUGUAUAUAACUAGACGGAAUUAAAGUGCAAGAAUGAAAUGAC